UGUGAAUGAGGAUUUGGGGGUGUGGAUUCAAACUUAAGGAGUUGGCUGAGAGAUAAAGGAUGUAUUGUUGCUCCGAUGGAGUCUGAGAGACUAGAAACAAACUGAAACAUAACAAAAACAUACGGCACUAUCAGUCGAGGCUGCAUUGAGAAAGAAGCAGACAGAUUCUGGAGGGUUGGGGUAAACGUUCAUCUGGAUCAUGACCCAUUUUGGAUACAUACUUUCUAUUUGUCUUAUUCUGACUACAGUGGUCCAUUGCCAGGAUCGUCAACCUAAAGUCAAACCUUCCAAACGUCCAAAGCCUCCCAAGCCUCCCAAGCCUCCCAAGCCUCCCAAGCUUCCCAAGCUCCCCAAAACUCCAAAGCCUGGAAAAGCAAUUGCCAUUGAGCCUACAGAGCCAUUUCAUGCCACAACGCUUCCACCACCUCUCCCCCCAGGUCCAGUGUCUGUGUUCCCAGACUGCCCCAGAGAGUGUAACUGUCCCCCUGACUAUCCCAAUGCACUCUACUGUGACAGUCGCAAUCUGAGAAUAGUCCCCAUCAUUCCACCCAGGAUCCAUUAUCUUUAUCUCCAAAAUAAUUUCAUUGAUGCUCUUCCAGAGCGGGCUUUCAGGAAUGCAACGGAACUCAAAUGGAUCAAUUUGGACAACAACAGGAUUUCGAACCAAAAACUUGAUAAACAAGUUUUCAACAUUCUGAACAAACUUCUUUUCUUGUACAUGGAUAGAAAUAAGUUAAAUGGAGUUCCCCCAAAUCUUCCAUCUAGUCUAGAACAACUUCGACUCUCAAGGAAUCAAAUCUCCAAAAUCCCACCGGGUACCUUUAGCAAGUUGGAGAAUCUCACUUUACUUGACCUCCACCACAACAAGCUAUCUGACGGUGUGUUCAACAAGAAUACAUUCAAAGGUCUCAAAAGCCUAAUGCAGCUCAACCUGGCUCACAAUUCCUUGAAGAAGAUGCCUCCAACUCUACCUCAGGAUAUAUUCCAACUCUUCUUGGAUAAAAAUCAAAUCAAGGAAAUACCUGACAACUAUUUCAAGAAUUUACAUCAUUUGGCUUUCUUAAGGCUGAAUUUUAACCAGUUGACAGACCAAGGUAUUCCCAAUGGUCUUUUUAAUCUAUCAACUCUCCUCGAUCUCCACCUGUCCAACAACAAUCUCAAUUCGAUACCAACCUUUAGCACAAAGCUGGAACACCUGCAUCUCAGCCACAACCAUAUUGAUAAAAUCAAUGGAACUGAAAUCUGCCCAUGUCCCAUCGAUAAUAUUGCUUUACAUGCCCACGAUCUGGAGCUGAUACCACGCCUCCGAUAUCUAAGAUUGGAUGGGAAUGCGCUGGCGCCCCCGAUACCAGUGGAAAUAAGGAUGUGUUUCAGACUCCUGCAGGCAAUAGUGGUUUGAAAGCUAGAUCCCUGCAAGUUCUCUUUCCACUUUUGAAACAGAGCCAAUUUUCUCAUGGGACUAUUAGUCCAACUCUCUUUCUGUCAGAUUAUUGCUAUGAUUGUGUUAAAUGGCAAGACACAAAAUACUGCAGAAACAGUUUCUUCCUUUUCAGAUUAUUAUUGUUUCAAUUUGGACACAAAAUUAAUCUAACAAAUGGGGCCACUACAUCAGCAUUAAACCCUCAGUAUUGUGUGCAAAAAUUUGCUUCAUAGGAGAAGUAUCAUAUGAAGAGGAAAGACAAGACCAGCUGAUAUGUUCAGUCAGUCGCAUAUAAAUAUGGUUUAGACUCCAUGCACAUCAACCUAUCCUGGAAGAAACAAGGGACAAAAAACAGGUUUUAAAAAGUUAAGUGAUAUUUAGGAAGAAAUAAACGUUGAAACUGUAGUAAGCCUUGCACCUACAGAACACACUUUGUGAUUGCCUCUCUGAUUCUCAAAUACUCCAUUUGCAGUAUUAAGACGAUGAGCAAAUAAUGACAUUGAUAUUUGCCCUUGCUGUGGUGCAGAUCAGAAGAAUGCAGAAUCACCUUUUUCUCUAAUCUAAUGAAAGCUAAUAUGCCACUUGUUAUGUGAAAUUACUGUAGUAUGGUUUGGUAAUAUCUGCUGGAAAGCUUAAGAUUUAUUCCCUUUCUCUCUCUAAUUCGUUGCCUAUAUAUCCUUCUCAAUUUAAGACAUUAGGGGAUCCAUGGGCUUCCAUGUGAAUUGAACCAAAUAAGACCUGUUCAAUGCCAAUGUCAUCUAUCCCUUUUGUAAAUCUAUCACCAAUUAUGUAUUAAUGCAAGGAAAUAAAGCAAAGGCAGCAACAAAAUGCAUCAUUAACAAUUGCUUCUGGUAAUUCUUUUGCUCUCCUGUAGACUUUUUUGUCAUUGUUAAUUGUUUACACAGGGUAGUUUUGUCCUACACACUGUCUUAUCAUUUCAUGCACAGUUAAUGGCAAUCAGACUACAUGCUGUUGAAUUUGUGCUGACUUUGAAAUGAUUAAAUAGUCAUUUUGUCCCUUUUCAGCAGCUGGUGCCAUUGAUGUAGAACUAAUGGACAAGAUAAUAGCAGACAUAAUUAUCACUUCCAAAAUUCAUUAGUAUGAAAUCCAGAGAGGAAGGUGAAAAUUAGUGUUUGUAGUAAUUCAAACAUGUUAAAUUGGAUCUAUUUUGCAUUCUGCUCGAUUGCUCCAAUUUAUUUAAAGUCUGUCUGUCCUCAUGUGGCCUCUUCUGUCAGCCUCUUGAGGAAAAUUAGUAAUGCCAUAAGCAUUACUGUGAGCAAUGUUCCCCAGCACUAACACAGUCAUCACAAAUACAAUGUAAGGCCUGAGACUCUGUAGAGUAUAUCACCUGGCUAUUAGUGAGGUUGUUUCACUUCCCUCUUAGUUUGUGCCUUAUACAUUUUUCAUUACUUGUCCUGAAUCUGAAAAUUUUGCAGUUAAAGUACCAAAAGAGGGAAAGGAAAACAGAUCCUUAUUUGGAUCUAUCUUUUCAUGUAUUCAUAUCGGAGACUGAACAUUCCUGCUUUUAUUCUAAACUAAAAAAGAUUUCAUGAGAGUGUAUAGGGAUCCAACAUGUGCUUCAGGAAAUAUUGAGAUAUGAGCACUGUGUCUAAAACAUAGAAUUUAUGUUUGUUUCAGCUUGCAAACAUAUUUUCUUGAAAUUAGAAAAUGUAUGCCUUCCAUCAAUAGCAAUAUAUGCCAUCAGUAAAUUACAUUUGAAGUCAGUUGGCUUAGAUUUUGCAUUCACAGCCAAAAUUUCUGAAUUCUACUUCCACUAUAGCUCUGCUUUGAUUCAAUUUGUUAAAAAAACAAUUGUUCUUGGGAGAUCAAUGUUGGGAGCAAGGUCAUUAUUUAUUGCCUAAGAUGGUUACCCUGGAGAAGGUUGUGUUGUGCUGUCUUAUUGAAUCUUAGCUGCCUAUUACAUGGAGGGACAUCCAAAAUGCUUUUAGACAAGGAGUUCCAAGAUAUAACUUCAAUGCCGAUGAAGGAUCGGCAAUUUGCAUCCAUAUCGAGGUUGCAUCUGAUUUGAAAUGAAACUGAGAAGCUGCUGUGCUCCUGACAGAGCAGUGUAUUGUCCUUCUAGCUGACAAUGUUAUGCAUUUGGAAAAUACUUCCAAAGCAGCCUCAAUAAGUUACUUCAAUAGUGCCUUUGAAGAAUGUUUGGGGUGGUGCCAUGAAUAUAUGAUGAAAUGUUGAUUCAAUCAAUAAAUCUGGAAUAUAAAUCUCUAAUGAUGUGUUGGAAAUAUUGUCAUUAAAAACAAUCUGGUUCACUUAUGCUAUUUAGAAUUAGAAUCCCUACAGUUAGAAACAAAACCUCUACAGUAUGGAAACAGGCCAUUUUGCCCUACAGAUCCAUACUGACCCUCCAAAGAGUAACCCAUCCAGACCCAUUCCUCCACACUUAUUACUCUAGAUUUCCCCUAACUAAUGAAGGAAACCCACUAUCCUUAUCUGGUCUGGCUUACAUGUGACUCCAGGUGCAUAGGAAGUUGUUAACACUUAACUGAUUUCUGAAAUGGCCUGGCAAGCCACUCAGUUCAAGGGCAGAUAGGGACAGGUAAUAAAUGAUGGCUUCACCAGUGACUCCCACAUUCAAUGAAAGAAUAAAGAAAAAAAUGCCAAGGGUGGAAAUGAGCUUGAAGUGGAUGAUGUUGUUCUGGAUGGUAUUGGACUUCUUGGGUAUUGGUGCUAUUUCUGCACUCAUUAAGACAGGUGAGGAGAAUUCUACUCUAUCUAUCCUGAGUCUGCCUUGUGUAGAAGCUGUAGGGAAUUAAGAGAUGGACCAUUUGUUGCAAACUACGCAGCUUCUGACAUGUUCUUAUAUCCAUGGCAUUAUGGGCAUGUCAAGUCUGAUUCCUGAUCAAUCAUGACCCAAAGAAAGUUGAUGGUGAGCAGUUCGGUGAUGUUACCUCUAAGGAAUUCACAUGGAAAUCCAUUCAUCCCAGGUUAAUAUAUUACAAAGGUCUUUAAAGCUGCAAUAUUUUAUAGCAGAUAAGGUUUUAUUUUAAUGACAGCGCACAUUUCUAUCUUGCCUUUAAAUCAAUUAAUAAAUAUAUAGAAUAUUAAUCCUAAAAAGCAAAAAUGUUUUCAAAGCAAGUGAGUGCUGGGGCAAAAUAUCAUUAAAUUCCUAUCAGGUCUUCUGUUCACAUAUAUCCAUUUUCAAAGCUUUGCUUUAUACAAUGAUUAGAUUACCGCUAUUAUCAUCUUUUAAAAGCUUGUUUGUUUUAAAAUGUAUCUGUCAGAUAAUAAUUAGAUAAUAGCUUUUUAAAAAAAUCAUUCCUAGCAUGCAUAUUUUAUUAAGCAAAAUUUUUAACAUUAUUUAUAGCCAACAUAUUUUACUAUAACAAAUUGCAGCUUUAAGCACCUUCCUCAGAAUUUGAUAUGCAAAUUGUUUUCAUUUGCUUUGUUUUAUUUGUUUACUUGCACAGAUCUGUAAUUUACUGCAGUGCAGUUUAAUGCAUUUCUUGCACAAAAGCAAAUAUUGUCAGCAUUGCUUACUUCACAUUUCGCACAAAAUAAAUAAAUUGAUUUACAGUUCUUCAGCAAAAAGGACAUUGGGAGUUUUUUUAUGCAGUAAAUGUUCUUUAAACUUUUUUUGUGGUUGGUUUUGACAAGAGAUCAAAGAGAGACAAAUUAUUGGAGUUAUUUAAACAUACGGGAUAGAAUCAUUGGAAGAGGGCAUCUCAGAAAUGAACUCUCUGUGAUAAAGAGACUUUACUGCAACAGUUAGAUUUUAACCCUAAGGCCGAGAUGAAAUCCUAAAGCCAGUACAAAGUAUAUUGUUAAAAUAUAUAAUGAUUAUAUUUUAAUUGACGGUUACAAAUAGUUAUACACAAAUUAACAACAAGAUCUUAGACAUGGGAUCAAGUGACCUGAAGAGGACAUAUCAUACAAAAUCUAUCAAUCAGAAUCCAAAUCAUAAGUCACAAAGAAUCCAACAUGAAUAUUUAAUGAGGAAUGCUUCCUGGUUUGUAAAGCAUUCUGUGUCUGCAGGAAAGAUUCUACCUAUUACCAGUUGCUUUUCAUAAAGCGACUGGAUUAUUAUUAUACAAAAUUCUUCUUCAUAAACAUUACAUUUCAGGGGAAAAUUAAGACUUGCUAGGUUUACAAAAACUGCAAGUCCAUCCAUUUUGCCUUCCAAGAGCCUGGUAGAGGACACAAAAUUAGUUCCAUGCAAAAGAUCUUACCGCACUACUUAGAAAAAAAGAGUACUGAAGUUCUCCCAAAAUUUCUCAAUCAAUACCACCAAAAUAAACUUAACUGAUUAUUUCUCUGUUGUUUGUAGAUCUCGCCACAUUUAAUAUAAUAUGGGAAAAGAGAGUCAGAGAAUGGCAGGAAGGAGAUUAAAUCUAAGAGUACACCAAAAGUCAAGACUGAAGAUUACAAAGACUAUAAGAAGACAGUCUAAUGUUUCUAUAUCUGAAGGUGUAUAGCAUUUAUAACUAAGCAAACAAAUUGAUAGUAUAUGGCAAAAUAAAUGAAUAUGGCCUGGCAGCCAUUAAAAAGACAUGAUGACAAGGAUUGCAUCUUGAAUAUUGAACAUUCUGUUCAAGAAGAAGUUCAAGCAGUAUAGGAGACUAGGUAAAGGUGGAGGGGUAGCAUUGCUAAUCAAGGAUGACAUUUAUACAAUGACUGGAGAUGACCUUGGUUCAGGAGAUCAGGAUGUAGAAUCUCUUUGAUAAUGAGGAACAACUGGGGAAAGAAAUCACUGGUGGGAGUGGUUUACAGACCCCUUAAGAGUAACCACAAAGCAGGAAGAAAUAUAAAAGAAGAAAAAUUGGGUAUAUAAAAUAAAGAUUAGAUUAGAUUACUUACAGUGUGGAAACAGGCCCUUCGGCCCAACAAGUCCACACCGACCCGCCGAAGCGCAACCCACCCAUACCCUACAUUUACCCCUACCUAACGCUACAGGCAAUUUAGCAUGGCCAAUUCACCUGACCCGCACAUCUUUGGACUGUGGGAGGAAACCGGAGCACCCGGAGGAAACCCACGCAGACACGGGGAGAACGUGCAAACUCCACACAGUCAGUCGCCUGAGUCGGGGAUAAAGAUCCAAGAAUAAUCAUGGAUGAAUUACUUUACAUGUAAACUAUAAAAAUCAGUUUGACAAAAGUAGUCUAACUGAGAGUUUAUAGAUUGCUUUUAAGUUAUUUUCCAGGAGCAGCACAUUCUGGAAUCAACCAGACAGCAGAUUAUACUGGACUUGGUAUUGCAUAAAGUGACUGAAUUAAUUAAUGACCUCAGAGUAAAUGCACUUUCUAGUACCAGUGACUGUAAAAUGAGUGAUUUUUUUCACUCACUUUGAAAGAUAGAAGAUGGCAGUAAAACUGGUAUUUUACACUUAAGUAAGACCAUCUAUAUUGGCAUGAAAUCUGAGAUAACUAGAGUGAAUUGUGAUACUAGAGUAAAAGAUAGAUCAAUUGAGAAGCAAUGGUGGACAUUUAUGGUUACUUUUCAUAAUAUUCAAAGAAUAAGAAUAUUCCCACUGUAAGAAAAUUUCUGCAUGAAGUACCCAUCAUUCUUAGAUAAUUAAAGAAAUUAAGACAUGAAUCAAACUUUAAAGUAAAAGUAUAUUACUGCACAAAGAUGACUGGGAGGUUUGAUAAUCGUACAUUAUGUGAAGAUUGUCAAAGAAUGACUAAAAGAUUAAUCAAGCGAAGAAAAAUAAAAACAGAUAGCAAGUGUUGCUACAGGUAUUUGAAAAUGACAAAAGUAAAUUAGCAUUGGUCUGUUAGAGAGUAACAAUGAGGAGUUAACAGCAUUUGGACUUUACUAAGUCUAGUUCACUAUUGAUGUUGCAUAAAAAUUGACAGUAAUACCUGUAAAUCCAAAGACAGAAGAAAAAGAACUUGAUGAAAUUACAAUCACUGGAGAAAUGGUGCUGAGCAAACUGCGACAUCUUUGUGCUCUCAAAUUGAUGGGUCCAGAUGGACUUCAUCCUAGAGUUUUAAAAGUGGUGUCUCAUGGGGUAAUGGAUGAGUUGGUGUUAAUUUUCCAAAAUUUGCCAAGUUUUGGAAAGGUCAAUUUGAACUGGAAAGUAGCAAAGAUAAGUUUCUAUUCAAGAAGGAAUUGAAGCUGAAAGAGGGAAUUGUAGACCAGUUAGUUGAAUAGAAAAUGCAGAGUAUUACUCAAAUGGGAAAUGGUUGAAGAAUUCCUAAUGCAUACAUAACUAAACCUUUUCAAGGAAAUAUAGCAAGUAAUUAAGAAAGCUAAAUGAAUGUUGGUCUUUAUUGGGAGGGGUAUUGAAUAUAAGAGAAAAAAGGUGAUAUGUUUCAGUUAUACUGGUGAAACCACAUUAUUAGGGUGCACUGAUUAAAAAUUAGGGAUCUCCUUUUUUACGAUAGGGAUGAGUUUCUUUUAUCUCCCUCAGGGUUGUGCAACUUUGGAACCCUAUGCCUCAGAGGGCUGUGGAUGUGAGAUAAAUUCAUAUUUUUAGGGCAGAUAGAUUCUUGAUGGGCAGUGAAAUCAAAGGUUAUCAGGGGUAUGUGGUAAUGUGGAAUUCAAAACACAAGCAGAUCAACCAUGAUCCUAUGGAGGGCCCAAAUGGCCUAAUUCUACUCCUUUGUUUAUCUUUCAUAGAUGGGCUGGAGGGCGGAACAACACAACAAGCCAGGCAGCAUCAGGAGGUGGAGGCUUCACUUCCUGAUGCUGCCUGGCUUGCUGUGUUCUUCCAGUCUUCUGUUCGUCUACUUGGAAUCCAACAUCUGCAGUUUUUUUUUGUCCCUAAUCAAUGUUUGUCUUUGGACAGAUAACAGUGAACACAUGUUACAUAUAUUAUUUGGCUGUGUUAUCCCUCAGAAUAACCUGAGUGUAUAAUAUAGGGCAUAUUUAGUUCAACGUAUGUUUUUCCUUCCUUUAAAAGUAAGACUCCAUUUGGUAGUCCAAACAGUAAUUAAGGUACCUAUCAAUUGUAACAUGAGACACAGUACACAAAUAUAACCAUAAAUUUUCUGAAAUCUUUAAUCCAGAAGGAACUAUAAAUGGCAAUGCUUUUUAUUAAAGCUUCUGAAAUUAUUAACAGAUAAUGUAUAUAUUUAUGUUAAGAAUUAAAUUCCAGAUGUGGAAGAUCAAUAAAAAGGCUAGGGUAACUGUUGGUUCACUAACUGUAAGUUUGUUAUCUUAAACAGCAAUAAAUAAAUAUUAUUUCAAUA